AUGGCUUCCACAACGAACCCUCUACUCUCUUCUAGCUUCUACGGCACUAAAAUCCUCCACUCUCCUCCAACCCCCAAAACCACCAGAUCAUCAGCACCACUUCUUCCUCUUCCGUUCUUCUCCAAACGAAAGCUUGUAAUUGCCAAAAAUGAAGAACCCAAUUCCGACUCCUUCAAAUCCAUCACAUCCCAGGCCACUCUAGCUGGCUUGCUCUUUACUUCACUCACCACCCAACAAGCCCUCGCCGUAGACAACGUCACACCACCGUCACAGCCCGCCCCGCUGCUCCAGGCCCAGCCCACCAAGCCCAAUUCCUCUCCCUUCUCUCAGAACCUCAACUUAACAGCACCAAAGCCACAACAGCAGUCCGUUACUGACCUCCCGGAAGGCAGCCAAUGGCGUUACAGCGAGUUCUUGAACGCCGUGAAGAAGGGGAAGGUGGAGAGAGUCAGGUUCGCCAAAGAAGGCUCUGCUCUUCAGCUGACGGCGAUUGACGGCCGUCGCGCCUCGGUGGUGGUCCCGAACGACCCGGACCUCAUCGACAUUCUGGCCAUGAACGGCGUUGAUAUCUCCGUCUCCGAGGGAGACUCCGGAGGUGGGAUAUUCAACUUCAUUGGGAAUUUGCUGUUUCCGAUAAUCGCCUUCGCCGGAUUGUUCUUCCUUUUCAGGCGGGGACAGGGAGGUCCGGGAGGACCCGGUGGCCUCGGUGGGCCCAUGGACUUCGGAAGGUCCAAGUCCAAGUUCCAGGAGGUUCCAGAAACUGGAGUUACUUUCUCUGAUGUUGCUGGAGCUGACCAGGCCAAGCUGGAGUUGCAGGAGGUUGUUGAUUUCUUGAAGAACCCGGAUAAGUACACUGCUCUUGGAGCUAAAAUCCCAAAGGGGUGUCUUCUGGUGGGGCCACCCGGUACCGGAAAGACCCUUCUGGCUCGUGCCGUCGCCGGUGAGGCUGGCACGCCGUUCUUCUCGUGCGCAGCCUCGGAGUUCGUGGAGCUGUUUGUUGGAGUUGGGGCCUCGAGAGUGAGGGAUUUGUUUGAGAAGGCAAAGUCGAAAGCGCCGUGCAUUGUGUUCAUUGAUGAGAUUGAUGCAGUUGGGAGGCAGAGAGGGGCAGGAAUGGGAGGUGGAAAUGACGAGAGAGAACAGACUAUUAAUCAGUUGUUGACGGAGAUGGAUGGUUUUUCUGGUAAUUCUGGUGUGAUUGUGUUGGCGGCGACUAACAGGCCGGAUGUUCUUGAUUCAGCUCUGUUGAGGCCCGGAAGGUUUGACAGACAAGUAACCGUGGACAGGCCUGAUGUUGCUGGGAGAGUUAAGAUCCUGCAGGUGCACUCCAGAGGGAAGGCACUGGCAAAGGAUGUGGACUUUGAAAAGAUUGCAAGAAGAACGCCUGGUUUCACAGGAGCAGAUCUACAGAACCUGAUGAACGAAGCUGCCAUUCUUGCAGCCAGACGUGAGCUCAAGGAAAUAAGCAAAGAUGAGAUAGCUGAUGCUCUGGAGCGAAUCAUUGCCGGACCAGAGAAGAAAAAUGCUGUAGUCUCGGAGGAGAAGAAGAAAUUAGUUGCUUACCAUGAGGCUGGGCAUGCUCUUGUUGGUGCCUUGAUGCCGGAAUAUGAUCCUGUAGCCAAGAUAUCCAUCAUCCCCCGUGGCCAAGCAGGUGGUCUAACCUUCUUUGCUCCAAGUGAAGAGAGACUCGAGUCUGGACUGUACAGCAGAAGCUACCUGGAGAAUCAAAUGGCUGUUGCCCUUGGAGGAAGGGUGGCUGAAGAAGUCAUCUUUGGUCAGGCGAAUGUGACAACAGGAGCAUCAAAUGACUUCAUGCAAGUUUCAAGGGUGGCAAGGCAGAUGGUCGAGAGAUUUGGAUUCAGCAAAAAGAUCGGACAAGUUGCGGUUGGUAGUUCAGGUGGCAAUCCCUUCUUAGGUCAACAGAUGUCAUCCCAAAAAGAUUACUCCAUGGCGACCGCUGAUAUCGUGGAUGCAGAGGUGAGGGAGCUGGUAGAGAAAGCUUACAAAAGGGCCACGGAGAUCGUCACAACCCACAUUGACAUCCUCCACAAGUUGGCCAACCUCCUGAUAGAGAAGGAAAGUGUAGAUGGUGAAGAAUUCAUGAGCCUCUUUAUUGAUGGAAAGGCUGAGCUUUAUGUCUCAUAAUUGGGCAAUUGAAACUAAAUUCAUGUAUCAUUACUCGGCGUAAAAAUGUUGUAUUAUAAGUUUCAAAUACACACGUACAGGUUAAUCAAUUAUUUAAUCAAAUUAGGGAAAAAAAUAUAGCACAGUACUUGAUGCAGAAGAAAA